AUGGAGGAAAGUGAUAACGAGAUUGCAUUUUCUGACGAUGACUUAGAUGAUCAUGAAACUCCAGAAUAUGAUAGUCACGAAUAUUGGGAUUCCGUUUAUGCUAAUAAAGGAGAAUACGACUGGUAUUUUGGUUGGUCAAAAAUUGAAGAACAAGUAAAAGAACACCUCAAAGAGUCAUCGAUCGCUCUUAACAUUGGCUGUGGUGACUCUCCAAUGUCGCAUGAUAUGCCAGAAAAAUAUUUUUCAAAAGUUAUUUCAAUCGAUGUUUCACCAAACGCAAUAAAAGAAAUGAGCGAGCGCUACAAAGACGAACCAAGACUUGAAUGGAAAGUUAUGGACUGUUCCAAACUUGAUUUUCCAGACAAUACGUUUGAUUUUAUUUUUGAUAAAGGUACAUUUGAUGCAAUUUCAUGCGGCGUUAAUGGUGAUGAAAUAAUAUGGGCCUCAAUGCAAGAAAUUCAUAGAGUACUUAAGCCUGGCGGCAAAUUAAUUCAAAUUACUUACGCAGCUCCAAGUCAGCGCUAUCCUGCAAUGAGAAAAGGAAAACUCCCGUUAAUAUACCAUCGUCCUAUAUUUAUGGGAAGGCAUGGAAAAGCACAUUAUAUUUAUAUUAUCGAGAAAAAAGUAAUUUCUUAA